AUGAGUGUCGGGGAGGGAGUUGCUCACUUGGCUGCACAGGGAAUGGCUGAUCUGAAAUCUGUCCCGGCUGAUGCCUACAUGUCCCUGGCACAGUCCUAUGGGCAGACCUUCUAUGGAGCUCUCCGUGGUGCUGAAGCAGCGCGCAAUUACGCAGGAGGACCUCCAGCCCUGGACUUCAACCCCAGCUCCAGGGACAGGUCUGGGGACAGCAGCGAUGACCAGACUGGAGACGACGAGGACAGCUUCGACCCUACAAAGAGCAGCCCAACCUAUGACCAUGAGGGCAAACUUACCAGCAAGAAGCCCAAGGAGCCUCGCUCACUGAGACUGAGCAUCAAUGCCAGGGAGCGGCGGAGGAUGCACGACCUCAACGAUGCCCUGGAUGGACUCAGAUCUGUUAUCCCUUAUGCCCACAGCCCAUCAGUCAGAAAACUGUCCAAAAUUGCCACCCUACUCCUUGCCAAGAACUACAUCCUCAUGCAGGCCCAAGCCCUGGAGGAGAUGAGGAGGCUGGUGGCCUAUCUAAACCAAGGACAGACCCUCAGCAGCAACCUCAACAGCUCCUUGGCUCCAUUUGGACAAUCUUCAGUGUACCCCUACCCUGGAACAAAUGUGCCAAGCACUCCUGAGAAAUGCUCAGCCUUUCCUGCUGGCACCUCCAGCCUUUGCAAACACUGCACAGACAAACCUUGA